AAUGGUCAGGUUUAAGAAUCGAUACUUUUUAUGUGAAUAUAUUUAAGAGAAUCAAGAGAAAGAAUUUUCAGAGAGAGAUUUAUUAAAUGAGAUUAGAGAUCAAGUAUAAUAUCAUUUUGGAGAUUUUGGGUCUGCAAAAAUUCAAUUUUCAUUUUAAGGUAAGGAUUAAAUAAAUUGAAUAGUAAAAUAUUUGAAUUCUGUUUCAAGAUUGUUUAUUUUGAGAGUGAAUAGGGAUUAUAAAAGUAUAAUAUGGUCAACUCUCAUAUUUAUGAAUAUGUUUAAAGGAGUUCCAAUAAAAAUUAGAAUAAUAGGUUGUUCAGGUACAAUUAAAAAGUGUGAAAUCAAAGCUAGAAGAUUACUCACAAGAUGGGUACAUAAAAUAUUAAAAUGUGAUAUGCCAAAUUAAUUGAGAAAUACUAUAAUUAGAGAUUAUCAAUAAACAUAAUAAAUUCUUCCUUAAUUAACUUAAUGA